UUGCGCGCCCUGUUUGGCCUCUCUUCGCACGGCGUGGAACGAUGAAUGGAAUGGAACGCAACAGAACGGCGCACGCUGGCACGCAUCCUCCUCCUGUCCCGCAGUAUAUAUCUCUCGCGGGCUCGGCGGGGUGGUGUGGUACGUGCAAAGACCCCACCAGGACUCCUGACAGCGGCGACCGUCCCAAGAGAAGGCAGAGACUAGAGAAGAGAGACAGAUGGCGAACGGCGGGGCUGAUGCAGGGAACGGCGGCGGCGAGGGGACGAGGAGGAGCGUGCUGGUCACGGGCGGCGCCGGGUUCAUCGGCACGCACACGGCGCUGCAGCUGCUGGAGAAAGGGUACGACGUCACCGCCGUCGACAACUUCCACAACUCCGUCCCGGAGGCGCUCGAACGCGUCCGCCACAUCGUCGGCCCCGCCCUCUCCACUCGCCUCCACUUCAUCCUCGGGGAUCUGACGAUCAAGGAGGACCUGGAAAAGGUGUUCGCGGCCAAGAGGUACGACGCCGUGAUACAUUUUGCCGGGCUGAAGGCUGUGGGGGAGAGCGUGGCGCACCCGGAGAUGUACAACCGCAACAACAUCGUCGGCACGGUGAACCUCUACGACGCCAUGAAGGAGCACGGUUGCAACAAGCUGGUGUUCUCGUCGUCCGCCACCGUGUACGGGCAGCCGGAGAAGGUCCCCUGCGUCGAGGACUCCGCCCUCAAGGCCCUGAACCCCUACGGCAGGACCAAGCUUUACCUGGAGGAGAUGCUGCGGGACUACCAGCACGCGAACCCGGAGGGGAGGACGAUCCUGCUGAGGUACUUCAACCCGAUCGGCGCCCACGAGAGCGGCGAGAUCGGGGAGGACCCCAGAGGCAUCCCCAACAACCUGCUCCCUUACAUCCAGCAGGUCGCCGUCGGCCGCCUCCCCGUGCUCAACGUCUACGGCCACGACUACCGCACCCGGGACGGCACCGCGGUCAGGGAUUACAUCCACGUGGUGGACCUGGCCAGCGGCCACAUCGCGGCGCUGGAGAAGCUCUUCGCCACUCCCGACAUCGGCUGUGUGGCUUAUAACCUGGGGACAGGCCGCGGGACGACGGUGCUUGAGAUGGUGCACGCCUUCGAGAAGGCCUAUGGCAAGAAAAUCCCUAUCAAGAUGUGCCCCAGGAGGCCGGGUGAUUCGGAAGAGGUGUACGCGUCCACCGAGAAGGCCGAGAGGGAGCUCGGCUGGAGAGCCCAGUACGGGGUAGAGGAGAUGUGCAGGGACCAGUGGAAGUGGGCCGCCAAGAACCCGUAUGGCUACCGCGGCAGCGCCGACAAGAAAGACUGAGCUGAGUUGAUCCUGCUGGUGCUAGUUUGGAUCCAGCUCUGAGAUCUGAAUGGCUGAACGAGCCUUGUAACCGAUAGAUGUGCUGCCAAUAAACCCUGGGCAUUCGAGUGUGCCUGAAGUAUUUCUGAAGAUGGAAGUUGGACUGGGUUUGGUUUGUUCCUUCCUUAGCUGAGCUAGUGAGCUGGGCUGUGCUGGCGCUUGGCAUCAAACUGUCCGUCUGGGUCUUGUUGGGUUUGGAACAUGGGCUGGAACGUGAUCAUUGUUCGCUCUGUUGACUGCUCACGAAAAAAAAAGAACUUGUCCUAACGGAUGAUUCUAAAAUAAAAUGUGUGAACAUGACAGCAUUCUUUUUGCA